AUGACGGUCACGGGGGAGAAGGAUGUUGCUCUAAUGGCUCGACAGAUUACCGACAUCACAGCACGUGAUGGGUGGAAAACCGAUAAACGCAUUGCAUCGGAUAUGCAGAAAGUAUUGGGGAAAUUAACGACAUUGAAAGUAAAUAAAGAGCUACUUCAACGGACUAAAAUUGGCGCAGCUGUAAAUAAACUCAAGAAACAUGAUGAUGAGGUUGUACGAGGGUAUAGCAUGAGUCUGACGAAGAAAUGGAAGAAUGAGGUUGGUUUGCCAGCGACUAGUCGACCAUUGGAGCUACAGAAAGUACCAAGUACGUUACCAUUGACACGAGAUGCUGGGAAUCAAAAGAAAUUUGAAAAUGCAAGAAAAAAGUUGCAGGAAGGUUACGCCAGUGAAAAAGCCAAGAGAGAUUCAAGGACGGUACAGGUUUUAAGUGGACCUAUUUCAAAAGGACGACGAGGUACAAAAGUGUCAACAGCUUCAUCUAAAAGCACUAUUGGGAGAAUGCAAUUGGCACAGCGACGUGGACUAUCGAGUACAAGCUAUCGAGGAGCAUCGGCACCACCAGUUGUCCGUCGAGUACUACCGACAUCGAGGACUCAAGUACAAGCGAGACGUCCGGCUACUUCUGUUGUCAACAUAUCAGCAGAAGAGAGACACCGGCAGCGCCAACUUAAAUACAGAGCGCUGUCUGGACAGGGAGGUCGUGAAUCCGAUCGUCGAGAACCUGAGCACGUUCGGAGCAGUUGCAAUGGCCCACAAGUCGAUGGAAGACCGAGAUCUGUAUCGCGACCAUCUAGUGCUGCAUCAUUAAAUGGCGGCUCGGCAUCAAAUUAUUCAACUACGGUGGAUCCACGCAAGAGAAUGUUGGAUAAAAUGUACCCGCGUGUAUGUGGGGUAGGAAACGCUUCGAGUAGCAACACCUCUGCAGGUGGUGCGAAGAAGAGUCGAUCCAGCUCAGCAGCCAAAAGAAAGGAGAUAAACUAUACAGAGGGACAACGCGAAGUCUUGUCAUGGCUCAAGGGCUUGAGCGUCGACAUGAGCGAGUAUGCUCCAGCUUUUUUCGAGAAUGGCUUUGACUCGGUAAAGUUGCUCAGCACAAUUGAAAAAUCCGACCUGCCAUCGCUAGUACCGAAGAAGGGCCACCACCGCUUAAUCCAGCAAGCUUUGGAUGAGUUGCGGCAUAAACACUCUACGUCCGCCACUUUACAGCGACGCGAUCAUUUUCAAAAGGAACCACGUAUGCGGCGUAAGGAUCCGUUUGAGGACGAAGAUUCGGACGAUAGCUUUGUGGUGAGCGACGAUGGUGAAUAUCGUCCGGGUCAUAUUGCAGCAAUGUUCCGGAAGAACCGAAAGCGGCGGUAUUCGAUCGAGUCUGACGAUUCAAUAAACAUGGAGGCUUCAUUUGACGAGAUUCAGAAAGAAGAAAAGCGCAGUGCUCUAUAUGGUGAAUAUGAAGAUUUCAGAGAGGAUAUGCGCAACAAGAAAAUGCUGAAGAAGAAAAAGUGA